AAAAAUACUUGUCAUCACAACACAAUUCAUCACUAACGUGAUUUAUCAAUUUAUAAUUCUUUGCCCCACUAUCAAAUUUUCAUAUAUUUAUAUAAGAACUACACCAUUUCCAUUACUAAAUUUUAUAUGUGACGUUGAACGUGUGAAUUGUGUAUAGCUAAUUUCGCAAUGGAACUUCCACAUUUAGGAAAACAGUGUUCUGAACCCUCUUGCAAAAGAUUAGAUUUUCUUCCUUUCGAAUGUGAUGCAUGCAACGAAAUUUUUUGUGGAAAUCAUUAUCAGUUCAAAAAUCAUAACUGCAAAAAUUUUCACACAAAAGAUAAUCAAGUACCUGUUUGUCCACUUUGUAAUAAACCAAUACCACUGAAAUAUGGAGAAAAGCCUGAUUUGAUAGUUGGUUCCCAUAUUGAUAAUGAUUGCCUGUCAGAUCCUGCAAGAAGUAGGAGAAAAGUUUUCAGUAAUAGAUGCUCCUUGAAGGGUUGUAAAGCUAAGGAGAUGGUACCAAUUAUAUGUGGUGAUUGUAAACAAAAUUAUUGUCUGAAACACAGAUUGCAAAAUGACCAUAAGUGUACAGGAAAAAUGUCUAUUAGAGAAACGAUGCUAAGUAAAUCUGUACUGCUCAGAACUAAUGAAAACAAAUCAAAAGUACAAAAUGGAACCACUACACAGAAUAAUAUACAACCUAGUAUUGCAGAAGAUGAAGCAUUAGCCAUAGCACUAUCGUUAUCUAUGAAUGAUGAUAAGCCAAAAGAAAAAACUCAAGAAGAAAUAGAAUUUGAGCUUGCUCAGCAACUCCAACAAGAAUGGAAUCAGCCAUCCCAGACUGUGGUUGGGGGAUCCGGAAACAGUCGAGACCGCUGCAGUGUAUCUUAAGAUUUUACUAAUUAAAUAUUCCUCAUUUGCAUUUAUAAUUCUUAAUACUAUUUUAAAAUUCAUACUUUUUAACAUUUUCCAGUUGUUACUAUAAUGUUAUUUUAGUAAGUAAGUUAAAGCUCUGAUAUAAUGUACAAAAUAUGAUUACAUAUAUUUAAAAAAUUCUG